AUGUGUCUGUACAGAAAGGUAGAGACUACGGGAAGCCACAACUGCUGCUUGCUGUCCAGCGAGGAACCCAGUACAAGAAUACCUAUGAAUGCAAACAGUGCGGUGAAGGCAGCUUCGUCUUGUAAUAACUGUCCCCUCACCCCCAAACAACAAUGGGAAAUUCUUGAGUCAUACUAUAUUUGCCCCGAUGGCCCGAGAGGGACAGGUGAGGGCCUCGGGGCGGCGGUUGCGCUAGCAGGCGCUCCACACAUUCCAGACACGAGCUCGAUGCCACUUCUUUCUAUGAAAUAUCCAGAGUUAUGCUGUAAAGACAUCAGGAUUUCAUCCACACUGUCCGGGGAGCAAUCAACGUUGUCCAGAAGACCCGUCAGUGGAGUGGGGCCCCGUUGCUCAUCGAAUACUCCACCCCGGAGAAUAAUUUGUCCGAGGACGGCUUAG